AUGAGUUUUAAUAGCGCAAAACACGACGGAUAUGGUAUCGCCUUGACACAGAGCUCAGCAGGUGUGUCAACACUCUGGACUGACGGAGACGUGACUUGGUAUUCUCCAGAUUUGGCUGCUCAACGCAAUUACCAGGUCCAAGCAUCGGAUGUGUGCGACACCUCCGACCCCAACGUUGUCAUUUCGAUGUCGUCUUCGGGGCAGUUCUAUUCCAUCGACCGUCGCCUUGCUCGUGCGGUUAGUAUUUCCAGUCCAACAACUCGAAUCAACGAAGUUGCCAUCGCCUCCAGCGAAAAUUUGUUGGUGGCUGGGUAUAUGGAAGUUGUGCGAGUGUUCGACCUUCGUAAAAUGCAAACAUUAGCCUUAAUUACCGAGGCACACAGCGAUGACAUUGUGGACAUCAAAUUUUGGAAUGAAUUGAUUGUCACUGCGUCACAAGACUCUCUUUCGUGCUUCAUUGAUUAUACCAAGGGUGAUGAUGGUAUAGUCCAUACUGUGAAUAUGGGUAAACCAAUUUCGAUGGUCGGGGUGAUCAACAAGGAUCUUGUUUCCUUCACAACGGAUGAUUCUGCCUUCCAAAUUUACGCCCCAAAUACCGAACAAACCGUCUCAAAUGUGGCCGAUUUGCGAGUAAAUACGCUGGCGACAAACUUCGACGGUGCAACCGUGCUGAGAGGUACAGAAAUCAACAAAAAGGUCGUUGCGAGUGUUGCACUUCCGAACGGUGAGAUUGACCUCUUCAAUUACGUCAAUGACAAUAGUUACAGAAGAUGUUUGAGAGCACGUUGCCACGAAGGCAUUGUGAGAGACUAUAGAGUGAAUGGUACCACAAUGUACACAACUGGAGAAGAUGGGAAGGUUUGUGUAUUUGACAUGAAAACACCACCACUUGUUGAAGACGUUGCCCAACAACCACAAGCCACAAAUGAGCUCAGUGGUGGAAUGAGACAGAAACAACAAAGAAGACAACAUACGCCAAUGGAUUGUGAUUGA